ACACUUGAUUUCCCUUGGCUCGGCGUGCAAACGAGAACAUAUAAAUGCAUCUCGCAUUCUUGCAUUGCUCGUCUGAACCAAUGAACCAUGCCUCCUCGAUCUAGCCGGUGAAUGUUGCAGCAGCUACCAAUGGAUGAUCGUGGUGGCGCUAGCAGCAGCGGGAGCAGCAGAUGGCGUGGGUGUCGCGACAAGGAGAGCAGCUAUGGCCACCACCACCACUGGCCUCCUCCGCACUCAGCUAGAUGCCUCUGCCUCUGCCUGCUGCUCUCGCUCACCCUCCUGCUCGCCGCCGCCGCCGCGCUGCUGGCCGUCUUCGUCACGAGGCUGAAGAAGCCGGCCUUCUACCUGCAGUCCAUCCAGAUGGACAGGUCCUUCAGCCUGCUGACGUGGUCGUCGAACCCGAACCGCAGCGCGGACGACGGGACGGCGGCGCCGUGCGCGGUGGCGUCGCUGGUGUUCGCGGCGCAGAACCUGAACGGGGUCGGGAUACGGUACGGGGCGACGGUGCUGGACGUGGCGUACGCGAACGAGUCGGUGGGCGCCCUGGACGUGCCGGCGCUCUACCAGCCCCCGCGGAGCGCCAACGUGACGGUGCUCGUGCACGCCGUCCUCGCGCAGCGGAACGUCACCCGGCUCCUCGUGGGCGAGCUGUCGGCGCAGAGGAGGUACAUGGAGGUCAGGGUCGCCGGCCGCGUCGACGCCCGGACGCACAUCAUGAACGUCCCUCUUCCCAAAGUUCAGUUUUCGCUGGAUUGUAGAUUUGGAGCUAACUACACCGAAAUUGUGCUACGGGAGGGAAUCGAGUCCGUGAUGACACGCAAGGCUCUCGUCGUACCUUCGCUGCCUCACCUCUCGCAGAAGUGCUCUAUCAAGAUUAGCUUGAGGCCGCGACGAGCAAAGGGAACAAGUCUUGACGAUUUAUUAGGCUGCUGAUAUUAAAGAUUCACAGAUUAUUUUUUUACUUAGGGCUAGGGUGGUAGGGGAGAAGAAUUCUUUUCAGUGUCUCAAGAUGUAAAUACACAUGAUCUGGUCAACUUUGCAACUGUUCAUUUCCAUCGUUACAUUGUUAAUGUCGUUUUAGCUUCAAGCACUAAACAAGCCUGAAGUUUAUUA